AUGCAAAGCUACUUCCAAGGGUUUGUGCCCAUUCAUACUAUAUUUUAUUCUGUGUUCCACCCCACAGAAGGCUCCAAGAUCAAGUACGAGUUUCCCCCAAAUAAUCUCAAAAAUCAUGGUAUCAAUUUCAACACGAUCAAAAACUACAUCAUACCGAAACCUAUACUGUGCCACAAGCUGAUCACUUUCAAGUACGGCACCUAUAGAAUUGUAUGCUACCCGGUAACGAUCAAUUCUCCAAUAUACGCCAGGAAUUUUUUCAGCUUUAAUUUUGUGUUCGUAUUUCCAUAUGAUUGUGAGACGUCUCCUUACGAGCCAGCCAUCACCAGACUGGGCAAAAUGUUCAAAGUUCUGGAAGAGCAAAACCAAUUGCUGUCUAAAUCUGAAAAAGAUGCUGUUUUUUUUGACCUGAAAGCAUUGGAAAACUCCACGAUAACGCCCUCUACUGCAGGGGCCCCUACAACAUCAAAUCCCAGUAGCAACACCACACCAACCUAUCCUACGUCCGACAAAGACGCGAAGGACUUGAGAAGCAGCAGGUACAACGACCUCACCAAAGAUUUGGGGCUUCCGGAGUCUUCGUUCUCCAUACAGGAUUUGCUAAUGAGAAUUUUUCAAGACUUGAAUAACUAUUCCGAAUGCCUCAUACCGAUCGACGAGGGAAACGCAGUAGACAUAAAGAUUUUCCCACUUCUAAGACCACCCACAACUUGUGUCUCCUUAGAGGAUGUGCCCUUGUCGUCUGUAAACUUGAAAAAAAUCAUCGAUGUUAACUGGGAUCCAACUAUGAUGAGCAUAGUCCCCUACAUUGAUGGUUUAAACAGCAUUGCUAAAAUUUCUAAACUGAGUCGCAGUGACCCAAGUUUAGUGAUAGAAUGCAUACGGCAUCUAAUAUAUUACAAAUGUGUCACGUUGUCAGAUAUUUUCCAGUUCUCCAACAUAUACGCCCCUUCUUCGUUGAUCAGAACUUUUUUAACCGACCAACUAAUGGCCAGUGAUUGCCAAUCUUAUGUUGCGUUUCCUGAAAUAUCCAAAAUGUCAAGUUUACCCUUAAGUAAAAAUCUAGAUUCUGCUGAUCGAGAUUCACCAUCACUUUUUGUUCGUAGGAAAUCUAAAUCCUCUAGCAUACCUUCAAACCCGGACUCCAGAACUACGUCUUUUAGUUCGAACAGCAAAGUUUCCCAAAACUCAUCAUUAAAUUCCUCAUUUUCAUCAGUUUGUAAGGAUUGGAGGCAGUCACAAACCUCUCUUUCAAGCUCAAAUCUUCGUGCUAAUGACAACCGUAAUAGGUUUCUACCAACAAGGUCGUGCUUAUUUGAUCUUUAUAGAUCUCUCUCGCAAGGACGAACGCUAAAAUCGUGGUACGAGUCGAAGCACGCAAUUUUAAAAGAGAAUAACAUCGAUGUUAGAAGAUUUAUAACGUUUGGCUUGGAAAGACGAAUCAUAUAUAGAUGUUAUUCCUUUCCAGUAAUGUUGAAUGUCGAUUCACGAGAACGGAAGGAAAUGACACGAAUGAUCUUAAAAGACUCUCUAAAUGAUGAUAGGUCACUUAAGAAAAAAAAUCAGGAUGCUUCAUUUUCCGUAGUUGGGUCUAAAAAUUCAGGACAACCCAAUAACGUAAAAUCCGAAAGACCGUCGAAGGUUUCAUUUGAGAUGCAAAGAGCAGGUUCUUUGGCGACUGGUGAAGCUACAAUACCCAAGCUAAGUGAUGAAGAAGAACGAAUUCUGGAAAACUCUAUCAGGAGUGCUGAGAGUUUUGAUAACAUUUGCGUCUUGCUGAGUAAAUCUAAACUAGAAGUGGAGAACUACUUAAAUGAAUUAGGAGAAUUCAAGGUAAUUAAUAGCUGA